UGCUUGUCGACUGACCGCGAGGGCUGCGUGUCCAGGGUCUCAUCCACGACAUGGCUUCCAGCCUGAAGUCAUCCAAGGAAUUGAUCGUUUUCUUAGGAAAAUCGAUAAUUGCUUUUCUGGAGUCUUUGAUUUUCUCCAUCAUCCCCAAACCACGGAAGAAUGUUGCUGGUGAAAUCGUGCUCAUCACUGGAGCUGGGAGCGGACUGGGAAGGCUCUUGGCCCUCCGAUUUGCCUGCCUUGGAUCCGUGCUGGUUCUCUGGGAUAUCAACAAGGAGGGGAACGAGGAAACGUGCAGGAUGGUGCGGGAAGCUGGAGCCACGAGAGUUUAUGCCUACACUUGCGACUGCAGCCAAAAGGAAAACAUAUACAGAGUGGCCGAGCAGGUUAAAAAAGAAGUUGGCGAUGUCUCCAUCCUAAUCAACAAUGCCGGAGUCGUGACAGGCAAAAGUUUCCUCGACUGCCCAGAUGAGUUGAUAGAAAAGGCUUUAGAUGUGAAUUUUAAAGCACAUUUAUGGACUUAUAAAUCCUUUCUUCCUGCUAUGAUUGCUAAUCAGCAUGGACAUUUGGUUUGCAUUUCAAGUACAGCUGGAUUAGUUGGAGUAAAUAAACUGGCAGAUUACUGUGCAAGUAAAUUUGCAGCCUUUGGAUUUGCUGAAUCUGUAUUUAUGGAAACAGUAGUCAAGAAACUAAAAGGGAUCAAAACCACUAUUGUGUGCCCAUUUUUUAUAAAAACUGGAAUGUUUGAAGGUUGUUCUACUGCCCGUCCUUUCCUGUUACCCCUUCUGGAACCAGACUAUGUAGCUGACAAGAUAGUAGAUGGCAUCCUGACAGACAAAGUAUACUUAAAUGUGCCAAAGUUUAUAUCCUUCAUAUUGUUCUUAAAAAGUUUCUUUCCUGUCAAGAUGGCAGUGCUUAUGGCUGACUAUAUGGGCGCUUUUAAUGUGAUGGACACCUUUGUUGGCAAGAACAAGAAAAACUAAAGACCAACUCAAUGGCUGAUACCCAGCAUUCCAUAAUCCUGAUUUCAAGAAAAGCAUUUUUGUCCAACAGUGUAUCUGGAAACUACAAGUACCAUUCUUUCUCUGCUCUCUGGACUAUUUUCA